AUGCUGGCAGCCCUGCGGCGGCGCUGGGAGGCCUACAAAUACCGCUUCGUGCCCUGGGUCGCGCUCAACCUCCGCCACAAGCGCAGGACUGUACGAUUUGUACCAGAAGAAUCCAAAGACAAAACCAUUUCUAAUGAAGAUGUCCUUCAGACGCUCUUGGAAACAUUUAAAGCUCUAUUUGUAAAUGACUUGACUAGGCAGAUGCCUCUUCUAAGCUUACUCCCAGAAGUUCAGUCUAAAUAUCUGGAAGUACCGAUUGCCACCAAUUGCUGUGGAUGUUUCAGGCUGGGCAAUCAGCAGAGCCAAACUACCUUCCAUGCAGAAGAUGUUCUUUUUAACACAUUAGGAUUCAGCAUUGCUCGAAGGCUCAGUUCCCUCGUUUCUGCUGGGACAGGCGUCUUUGUGACCAGAGGGUUUGUCCCAGAAAGGACAGUGGUAGCUAUGUACCCUGGCACAGUGUAUGAAAACUAUGAACCCAUCUUUUUCCAGUCUAUUGGCAAUCCGUUUAUAUUUAGAUGCAUAGAUGGGGUGCUUAUUGACGGUAAUGACAAAGGCAUCUCAAAAGCUGUGUACCGGUCAUGCAGCAAGAGAGAUCAACUUGGUCCUUUAAAAAUGAAUGAUGUCUCUUGGCUUGUAGCGGCUGCGCAGAAUCCACUGGCUGUGGGACAAUACGUCAACAACUGCUCAGCAGACAAAGCAGCCAACGUAUGCUACCAAGAAUUUGAUAUACCUGAAUGUUUUCCUAUAGAAUUCAGACAGUAUCUUCCCAACAUAAGCUACAGCCAUGAAAUACAGAGGCCGUUGAGAAUUGUAGUGUUGGUUGCUCUCAGAGACAUUGGGCUAGGAGAAGAGCUUUUUUCCAACUAUUACACAAUCAUCAGCUAAGGCUGAAGAACCAGCA